AUGAACACCAUAGCCAUAAGUCAUCAUAAUCUCACCAUAACCUACCAUUCAUCAUCACCACAUCCCACUGUUCCAACACGUACCAUUCCUGACAACACCAACCACGCUACAACACCACCACAACCCACAACACCCUCAUUCACAGCCCCUACAACAUCAAGCAUUAAGCAACAACACUGCGCCACCACAACCCCUAACAGAACCACCAACAACGCCGCGCCACCACAACCCCCAGCAUCACAACCUACAACCCCAACAACACAGUCUGGAACCAACAACCCCCACCACAGUCUGCACCACUACAAUCCCCACACUACUAAUAACCAACACACACACCCCACCACCACAACAGUCUGCACACCAACCCCAACACAACGCAGUCUGGCACCAAACACCACAACCCCAAUAUCACACCCACAACAACCCCCAACAACCUCAACCAACAAAAUCUGCUCCUAA